CAGAUUGUGGACGCCAUGAGUGGUGGGAAGUUAAGUUGUGGUGGUGUUGGUGGUGGUGGUGAAAAAUUGGAUAUUCGUUAGUUUUUUUUUAGUGUUUUGUUUUAAUGACUUGUACAAGGUAGACAGUGGAACUGUAUUGUUUUUCAACAUAUGUUGAUUAUGCCGAAACGGAGAACCUGUUCCAUUCAAAGUAUGCAGUAGAAAAAUAUUUUUUGCUUUGUUGGUCCAGUGACACAAAAGACAAAAGGAAUUUCACCCAAAAUCUCCGAUAUUAGACACCCAAGAGAGAGCUCUAUAUAAAUAAUAUGGAGGGCAUUGGGAGAGGUGGUCGUGGGGCCAAGCUGCUGGAGGCCCUAAGGGCACAGCAGCGCAGACCUGGCAGUGAGGAACCCGAGAGUUCCCAACCAGUUCCAGAUGUUAAGUCUGGAUUUUCCCGCGGACGUGGAGUGUUGCUUCCUGAACAGCAUGUUGCAUCUUCACAAGAAACUGCUGAAGCCUCAUCCCGUGAAGCACCAUUGGUGGGAGGUGGUCGUGGACAAAAACUAAUGGCACUUAUAAAAACAUCACAGCACAGAGUACAAAGUACAACACCAGGGCCAGUGUCAACACCUGUUGUUUCUACUACUACUGCUGCUCCAGCAGCAGCAGCAGCAGCAGCAGCUCCCACUCCUGCAGUAAGACCAGUGGGCAGGGGUCGUGCGGCACUGUAUGAAGCACUUCGUAGUAUGCCUGGAACCUCAAGAGGUAUACCUGCUCCUGUACCUACACAGAAGCCUCCAGAGACAGCCAUACCAGUGGAAUCUUUGGCCCAAAAGAUGGAGCAGGUGGAAAUAGAGCGAAAACCCCCAGUAGUGUGUAUGGGACAACAGGGAGAACGUAUACCAGCAACAGCCAAUUACAUAAGGUUAGCAGUGCAACCAGACAAAGGAGUAUUUGAAUAUGAAGUACGUUUCUCUCCUACUGUUGAUUCCAAAAGUAUAAGAAGCAAGAUACUGAACAGUCUUGCAGAUAGCAUUGGGCGCUGCAAGACCUUCGAUGGUGUAACACUUUAUUUACCCAUAAAAUUGACAGAAGAGGUUACAACACUGACAUCUAAUCAUCCAGUCGACAACUCGUCAGUAACAGUCAGAAUAAUAUUUAAGAGAAAAAAAAAGAUUCAUGAAUGUAUCCAUUUAUACAAUGUCCUCUUUAAGAGGAUUAUGGGUAUAUUGGAAUUAGCAAGGGUCGGAAGAGAUACAUAUGACCCACAUGCUGCCCGUGUAAUACCCCAGCACAAACUGGAGGUUUGGCCAGGCUACGUGACGGCCAUAGAUGAAUACGAGGGCGGUAUACAGUUGUGCUGCGAUACUUCGCACCGAGUACUGAGAACACAGACUGUUUUGGAUGUAAUUGCAGAUAUAUCAACUCGGAAUCCAACUGCUUUUAAGGAGCAUAUUAUGAAAACAGUAAUAGGUGCUUCAGUCCUGACUCGAUACAACAACAAAAUUUAUCGAGUUGAUGACAUAGCAUGGAACAGAAGCCCACGUGACACAUUUGACACAACCAGUGGUGAUACGAUUACUUAUUGUUAUUACUACAAGAAGCAGUAUGGCCUUGAUAUCAAUGACUUGCAGCAGCCAUUGCUUGUCAGCAAAGUAAAGAAAAGGUUGCAGAACCAAGAGAAAACUGAACAGCUUAUAUGUCUCAUACCUGAGUUGUGCUUCAUGACUGGACUUACUGAUGAAAUGAGAAAUGAUUUUAGAGUGAUGAAAGAUAUUGCAACAUACACACGUGUAACCCCAAAUCAAAGACAGGCAUCGCUGAAAACUUUCAUCAACAGAGUAAUGUCAAAUGAUCGAGCAAAGUCUUUGUUGGAAGACUGGGGUCUUAAUUUGGAGCCAUCAACAGUAGAACUCACAGCAAGAGUCGUCAAGAAUGAAGAAAUAAUUUUUGGUGGUAACAGGACGGUUCCUGGCACCCCACAAGCUGAAUGGAGCGGUGCAUUGUCUCGAAAUAUGGUCAUAUCAGCAAUUGACUUGAUGAGUUGGGUUCUUUUGAGAACAACUCGAGAUUCUCGAUUUGGAAAUGAUUUUAUGGAGACGAUGCAGAAAGUGGGUCCACAGAUGGGCAUUCAGAUAGCACAGCCUUCUGUGGUGGAACUUCGUGAUGAUAGAACGGAAUCAUAUGUCCGUGCUCUUCGUGAGAGCAUAAGACCUAACGUACAGCUAGUUGUUGUUAUUUGUCCAACAGCAAGAGAUGAUCGGUACUCUGCAAUAAAAAGGAUAUGUUGCAGUGAAAUGCCUGUAGCUUCACAGGUAAUAAAUUCCAGAACAUUAUCAAAGAGAGAUAAGUUGAGGAAUAUAGUGCAGAAGAUAGCACUUCAAAUCAAUUGUAAAUUAGGCGGCACACUGUGGGCUGUCAAAGUGCCCUUGGAUAAUUUAAUGGUGAUAGGAAUUGAUUCCUACCAUGACGCACUCAGGAAAGGAAGCAGUGUUGCUGCAUUUGUAUCAUCUUUGAACAAAUCUGUUACUAGAUGGUACAGCCAAGUUUGUAUUCAAGGUCCUGCCCAAGAAUGGGUAGAUAGUUUGCGAGCUUGCUUCAUAUCAUCUUUGAAGAAAUAUCAUGAGGUGAAUCACAGGUUUCCUGAUAGGAUAAUAAUCUAUCGGGAUGGCAUAGGUGAUGGGCAGUUAUCUGUGUGUCGAGAUUAUGAAGUGCCACAAUUCAUAAGUUGUUUUCCAAAUAUCAAUCCAUCUUACAGCCCAAAAUUGACGUUUGUUGUCUGUCAGAAGAGGAUAAAUACUCGAAUUUUUGCACAGACAAAUGGUUCAUUGGACAAUCCACCUCCUGGAACAGUGAUGGACAACACUAUCACUCGACGUGACUGGUCUGACUUCUUCCUAGUUUCUCAAAAUGUGAGACAGGGAACAGUUUCACCAACACAUUACGUUGUCAUCUAUGACACAAGCAGCAUGCAGGCUGACCACGUCCAGCGUAUGACCUACAAGAUGUGCCACCUAUAUUAUAACUGGCCUGGCACUGUACGAGUACCAGCCCCUUGUCAAUAUGCACACAAGCUUGCCCAUCUUGUAGGACAGAAUAUCAGAAAGGAGCCGUCUGACAAAUUGUCAGACAGGCUGUUCUUUCUGUAGAAUGUGGCAAUCUGUUCUGGAACCACUUUAAAUAAAGUGCUCUCAGGAAAAGCAAACAACACAGCACAGUGUGGUGUUAUUAUUGUGAAUAAUGUGGAAGUAUUUUUUUCUGUAGAGAUAUUAUGAUCCAGUGAAAAACCGAAUAUGUUGUGUGUGAAUUUUAGAAAAUAGAUUUGUAGGGAAGUUAUAGGCAUACAGCUACUGUGUCCAUCAGAAAAUUGUGUAAUAUUGUGUAAAGACAUACUUUAUUCUAUCUGACCGUGUAUUUGAAAAUAUUAAUGCAUGUGAGUAUGGGCAAUUCCAUACUGGUAACGUUUAAGUUUUGCUUCUUUUGCAUUGAUCAGUAUUGCUGAUUUUCAGUAUAUUCUCAACAAAAUUGUUUCAGCUAUCCCACAACAUACUCCAUUCUGGUUAAGCAGAAUGCUCUGCUCCCCAUACCCUUUCAUUUUUUUUUUUUUUAUUUUAAUUUUAAUACCUCUGUGAAUUGUGUUAAUUCUUUGUCAUAACACUUAUGUAACAAUUUGUAUAAAUAGCAGCCUUGAUUUAAGGCUCUCUGUCAUUAUAUUAUAGAAUUGCUGCUGUAUGAUUGACGAUUCUGCAACAGCACUUGCAGAAAAUAAUGUGACAGAAAUAUCCAAUGUACGACUUACUGAACAUGACUUGAAAGGUGUAGAUUGCUUAAACUAUGUUUUAGUUUUUGUACAGUUGGAACACUUGUUCUGGUUCUUUGCAGUAUUUGUAAAAACGAGGUCAUGUUUAACAUUCCACUGUGUAAUUAUUACAUUUUAUUGCUUCAGUGAAGAUAACUUGUGUGACUCCAAGCUACAUAACUCGAAUGUUGAUUUGAAACUUGUCAUAUUGCUGUUCUGGGCAAGAAUAGAAAUUUGAAACUGUUGCAGUCAUGAUUUUAUGUGUUUUCAUUAUUUUAGCCCAUUUGCUUUAAAUAUUUAGGUUGUUAAAACUUUUAGUACAUAUUUAACAUAACUUGUACAGUUCUUUGCCUUUAUUUUAUCUGUAAUGGACAUUGAGAAUCAGUCAUUAUUAUUUAAUGCUAAUAGUGCUGAUUUAAGACAAUUGUCAGCACCAUGAAAUAUAGUUCCUAUAGUAUUAUUUCAGUUAUUAAUGUAUCAUCUCCAUUUUCCUAGGAACAGUUCCUGGAACCCACCUCAGUUACAAUUUAUUGCUCAUAGCAAUGAAAAUUAAAAAACAAAACUUGUUAAAUAUAUACCCAUUUAGUGGUGAGUGGAGACACAUUCCAUUUCUUGCUUAAGAGUGCAAUUUUAUUUGACAGGGUAAUUUCUACUUAAUAUCAUAAAUUUAGAAGUUAACAGCGAACAGCUGCGUUGUCCACAAAUCAUAACUUCCAUUCCAUUACGGUAUGUGUUCAAAGAACUGUAAAUAUAAAUCAUAAUGACUGCUCAAGUUGUGUGCCUUUCAGAUAAUGGGAAUCUUAUUUUUAAACAAAGAAUAAUUUUGUCUCGAAAUCUUUAAACUAUAUUGAAAUACAGUCACUUUAUCAUAUUACAAAUUACACCUAUUGUUGAUUGACAUAUUCUUUAUUGAUUGUCAAGCACAGAGAGCAGUUCACUUUGACAAAUUUACUAUCAGAUUUUUGAUCACUUGUCAUAAUCUGAUCAUACCAAAGUCAUAAUCCAAAAGCUCAGGACUUAACCGGGAACUAUUGUAUUACUACCCAAAUUCCAGAUUAGGCAUCCUUACCUCUUUCCAGCCCAUCACUACAGUCUUCCAGCUUGUUUUACUUUUCUUCUCUACUUAUGAGCUAACUUUUGUGAACAUUGAUGGUCUUUUCUCAAAGUAUAUUGAUGCAGUUGUUUCUUUCAAUUUCAUCACCAGCAAACUUUUCAGUUGUUGAACUGCUAAUUUCUGUUGGAUUCAUGUCUUGCAUGUCCCUAAAGCCCCAAAGAUAUACCAUUUCAGCCACCUGGAUUUUACUUCAUCCUUAGUUUUUCGUAACCAACAUUCACUGUUUUGUUUAGGUGUAUGACCAGCUUAUAAAUUUUCAGUUGCAUAUCUUUUCAUUAUAAUCAUUUCAUAGUUCUUCCAAACCUGCAGUGUUCAAAAUUUAUCUAGUUUAUUUUUAUUAUUCUAUAUGUAUUUGCUAUAGCAUUACAUUCAAGUUGUUUAAUCGCCAUUACUUACUCUGAUAACCUAAUCCACCCAUGUUUUAUUGUAAUACCUCUUCAGUAGAAUUGAGUUUUGAGUAACACAAGAAUGCAGACAGUACACACAAUAACAAUGAUCCUGCAGGCAAACAGUUCUAAAAUACACAUUAUACUGUUUUAGAUUUAUGUUAUAAUCUUGCUUGGAUGACAUUUUUGUAAAAGGCAGUUUUCAGUACAUUGUAUCACAGUCCAGUCUUGGAAUUGCACUUAUUCACAAAUGGUUGUGCAUUUGUGCAAAUUUCCUAGAUUAAAUCUGGAUGCAUUUUAAACUACUUAAUAAUAACAGUCAACCAAACAAAUAAAAUUGCAUUCUGCAGUUAAUGGUAUGUACAGCCAUUAUGAUUACUGUGCAGAGUAGGAAUGUACAAACUGGAGUCUUCAGGGCAUUCUAAAAUGACCAGAUCACAGCCCAAAACAGUCAUCUGUAUUUCCCUUACAAAUGUGCACAAAUAAAAGCGUGUACUAAUAAAAGUGAACCUUGUAAAUAAGUUACCAUGCAGUCAUGAAUUGUGUUAUUUUUCUGAUGUAAUGUACUUACAUUACACAAGAUCACUGUAAAUGAACAUGCUGUACAGUGGGCAUGAUUAUGUACGUACUUUAUUCUUGUAUUAAUAUUCCAUAGUCCUUGGUAUGACAUAAGCUAUCAUUACUAGCGUUUUCAUUAUUGAACAUUGUACAUCACGAUAUUCUUAUUUCUCAACACUGUGCCAUAUGCAGUCUGUAACAGUAGUUACCUCUCAUAACCUCAUCUGAAGAUCAGAUACCAAAGUUUUAAAAAUUGAAGUUGAUAUAAGAUGACUUCUGAUCGGGUAGUAGUGUUGAGUUGCAGAUGUUCUAUGCAUGGGUUUACAAGCAAAAAGGGAAAGGAUGUUCCUUCCUGCCGUCCCCCCCUGUGUGUGUGUGUGUGUGUGUGUGUGUGUGUGUGUGUGUGUGUGUGUGUGUGUGUUUUUGCAGUUCUGAUUUGUCCACUAUGUGUGAUCCUAGUGCACUUUGAGAGAUGAGUUAUUUACAUUUCUUGAAAUUGUAAUGAAGAGUGAUGAUGAUCUAAACUGCUAGAUUAUUUUUUGUGUUUGAUUAAAGUUACAUAUUCAGGAGCAUCUAUCUAUUUGUAUUAAAUGUUUAAAAGAAGAAAAAUUAGGUUUCUUAUUAAUGAAUAGUGUGUUGUCUGGCUAAGAGAAUAAAUGUUAAAGGCAUUUCUCAUUUAUUUUCAAAGACUUUGAGUACUUGUUAUGAGAAUAUUUUUAUAUUGCUAUUUGUUUU